ACACAACUCAGCCACAUAACUGGGAUCCACAAACAACUUCUUAACAAAUUAUUCCUUCUCGACUUUUUCCACCAGUUUGUUGCUUUCUUGUAGGGAGACGAACUCUCUAUCUUGCGACGCUCGAUGAAUCCUGCGGAGAGAGUCACUUUGCUUUUUCUUUUUAUUGUGCUGGUAACACAAGAUUGUUUCUCAUCUAAGGGAGAAGAUAGACUGUUUCGUCGUUUAUUCAGGAGGUAUAAUCAGUUCAUUCGGCCAGUGGAAAAUGUGUCUGACCCUGUCACCGUGGAGUUUGAGGUCUCCAUCUCACAGCUUGUUAAAGUGGAUGAAGUCAAUCAAAUCAUGGAGACCAAUCUAUGGCUAAGACAUAUAUGGAAUGACUACAAGCUCAAGUGGUCACCAGCAGAGUUUGAUGGAAUUGAGUUCAUCAGAGUCCCAUCAAAUAAAAUCUGGAGGCCAGACAUUGUACUUUACAACAAUGCUGUUGGGGACUUCUUGGUGGAGGAUAAAACCAAAGCUCUUUUGAAAUAUGAUGGAACCAUAACUUGGGUCCCUCCUGCAAUCUUCAAAUCCUCCUGCCCUAUGGACAUAACUUACUUUCCCUUUGACUAUCAGAACUGCUCUAUGAAAUUUGGUUCCUGGACCUACGACAAGGCCAAGAUUGACCUGGUACUUAUUGGCUCAAAGGUCAACCUGAAAGACUUCUGGGAGAGUGGCGAAUGGGAGAUCAUUGAUGCACCUGGCUAUAAACAUGACAUCAAGUACAACUGCUGUGAGGAGAUCUACCCAGACAUAACCUACAGUUUCUAUAUACGCCGACUGCCCCUCUUUUACACCAUCAACUUAAUCAUCCCCUGCCUCCUCAUCUCCUUCCUGACUGUACUUGUCUUCUACCUUCCAUCAGACUGUGGUGAGAAAGUGACAUUGUGCAUUUCUGUACUCCUCUCUCUUACUGUGUUCCUCCUUGUAAUUACGGAAACCAUCCCGUCGACCUCACUUGUGAUCCCUCUGAUUGGCGAGUACCUUCUCUUCACCAUGAUUUUCGUCACCCUCUCCAUCGUCAUCACUGUCUUUGUAUUGAAUGUGCACUAUCGCACUCCUAUGACCCACACCAUGCCCAGCUGGGUCCGUACUGUCUUCCUCCAGGCUUUACCUCGUAUCAUGUUUAUGCGUCGUCCUCUUGACCAGUCAGAGUCUUCUGGAAAAGGAGGACUAGAGAGUGGGGGCUCGUCCGGGAGUGGAGUAGGAAGAAGAGGGGAGGGAAAGAAGAUAAAAAAUAGUGGCUCACAGCAGAGAGCAAUGAACUCUUUGGAGUUUGGAGAGGGAAAGGCAGAAAUGGAGGGAAAGAAAGGGGGAUGUCCAUGUCACCCGAUGAAAGAGGCACCCGAUGGAGAUUGUGGGAAAGCCAGCCGUCCGCAGUUGAGUCCGCAGGCCAUCAACACGGUUGUGGCUUUCUCUGUCGUGUCACCAGAGAUCAAACAGGCCAUUGAUAGUGUGAAGUACAUUGCUGAGAACAUGAGGAGCCGCAACAAAGCCAAAGAGGUGGAGGAUGAUUGGAAGUAUGUUGCCAUGGUGAUUGACCGUAUCUUCCUGUGGGUCUUUGUGCUAGUGUGUGUGCUGGGAACAUUGGGGCUCUUCCUGCAACCUGUCAUUGGCUUCCUCUCAUAACUGACUAUGGACCACAUAUGCCAGCCUAACGUUUGAACCAACUAAAAGCACUAAAUAUCUGUUUCAGCAAUUAUCAGAGUCACCGACAUGCUUUCGUAUUUAAUUAGCAUCACAUGUGUUCUGCAUCUACAGCAAAACUCCACAACUAUAUUCUGGUGUUCUUACGCAGCAAAUAGCUAAUCAGGUGUUCUGUUUCUCUCUCCGUCAACUAAUCAAUUGGAGACUACUCUUUGCUUUUUUAACAAUCAGAGACUCUGGUUGAAAUUUGACCAUUGCUGAACUUUCUAAUCACCAUGAUAUGUCAAUUUCACUGACUCCAUAAGAGUAAUUAUCAGACUGAUCUGUGUUCUGUUACCACAGCUCGACCAUUUGAUCCCACUUGAUUAGACUCAUAUGAUGCAUGCCAUUUUGUACCAAACAAAAUGGUCAUCUUCUCUCAACCAACAACUAACAGUCAACAAUUACUCAGGAAAGUCUGCAACAGACAGUGAUGGUGUUUUCCUUACUAGAGUAGAGGAUAUCCAUCUUAUGCACAGAGAUAUAUAUGUGUUGAAAUGGUCAGUUCACCAAAUUCUCACACCUUGUUUUUCUUACCCACUUGGUUUUCCACGAGGCGUUAAGGACAUGCUUAUUAAUAUUAUGCCCUUACCCAAACCCCUUAUCUAAACCUAACCAAUCAAUAGAGUGUGUAAACAUGACAGAAGCUGUUAUGUGUGACAGAAGCAAGUAAUUGUCAUGCAUUAAAUGAAAACAAUGUCCAGAGACGUCAUUUCUAUCGGGAAGACACGCAGGCUUGAGUGAGGUUUAAGAUGACAUUUAUUUGAUGAAUGUAAAACAGAAAAGUAAUGUCUCUCUCUUUGGCAUAGGCCCCGUCUGGUGGUCCGAGGGAGUUGUACUUGGAACCAUCAUAUCCUGCCGGAGAUAGGAGGCAGGGGCGAGGAGCCUACCCCCGUGCGGGACGGGGCUCAACUGCUGGUGGUGGGGUGGUGGAGGUUGCCGUGUUAGCACUCUGAAACAGCAAUGUGAUAGAUUGUGAGCAGACUUAUAAAGCAACGGCUUACAUGUGAUUGGCUAGGAGUUACCCAGCUAAUGAUGUGAUGAUGUACAGCUGCUAGUCUUCCCGCUAGAACUACGCUGCGCUUCCAUUGGUUGUAGUGAUGGUCGUACAAAUUCAUACGCAUUAGUCAAAUUUAGAACAGUCGUACAAAUCCUGACAAUUUCUCUGUGAGAAUGUGUUGAAUAUCCGCAAUCAAUCUCACCUCAUCCAUAUUUGCUAUUUAAUAUACAUACGGAGUGAAAUUUUGGCCAAUGAGUUUUUGGUGUGGGCGGGGAUACCUGGUAUAAUCUAAGAGAAGCCAAGUGACUGGCAAAAAGCAUUUUCACUCGUCGCUAGUCACUGUCAUGGCUGGUAAAUGAAACUGGAUUAACAGGGAAGAUAUUUAAUAUAAAGAGCUUUUAUUGCUUGAUGCUUUGUCGCGUCAUUCCUGGUAUAGGACACGUGAGAGGAUAAACAGUCAGCUUUCUUAACAUGGGUAUAAAAUUAGUCUAGAAUGUGGGUAAUCUAUAAAUAACUUUGAGUUGUUACAUGGUUGUAUUCCAGAACAAAUAUGACUAAUCAAGUCCCAAUAUGCCAAAUAAUGUCUGAUUAAGAUGAGUUAAAUUAAUCUUUUGUUUUUGUUUUUUUCAGUGUGUCUCAUCUUUCUGGGACCGCAUGGGAAGGUUUUACUUUUUUAUGCAUAUGUAUUGACCAUAAUGUUUGAGUCUAAAUUCUUAGCUGUUCUGUGCAGGCUAUUAAAAUGACUGCUUUCCCUCCUUCUCACUCUCCUGCUCUCUAUUUCACUUUCUCUCACUCCAUCAAACACAUAAGCCGCUCUUUAACAUUAGCAUUUUUUUUCCACUUCCACUUGUCAGCUUCUGACAUUUUUGAAAAAUCUUUUAUAUAUUUAUUUAUU